UUGAUGGGUGUGACGUCUACCUGACGAGCCUGUCUGCCGCUCUGGCUGAACUCCUCUCAAACACAAGCGCACCGCUCCAGACGAGUGUCCUGUCUGUGGUUUUGGUUUGAAGAUGCCCUACAGCGUGACUCUGCCGAGUGGCUCGAAGCAGGCGACACUAGUGGACAGCACACAGGCGGACGGGAAGACGUAUGAACAGCUCCGCCAGGAGUGUUUGCAGAAGGGGAAGCUGUUUGAGGAUCCAGAUUUCCCAGCUGUGGGCGACUCGCUCUUCUACAGCCAGAGGGUCCCCAUUAACUUUGAAUGGAAGAGGCCAGGGGAAAUCUGCAAAGACCCCAAAUUCAUCACAGGAGGAGCGACCAGGACAGACAUCUGUCAGGGCCAACUGGGAGACUGCUGGCUGUUGGCAGCGAUCGCCUCCCUGACCAUCAACGAGGACACCCUGAGGAGAGUCGUACCACAUGAUCAGGACUUCGAUCGCGGCUACGCUGGAAUCUUCCACUUCCAGUUCUGGCAGCAUAAUAAAUGGCUGGACGUGGUGGUAGACGACAGACUCCCGUGUGUGAGGAGCAAGCUGGUGUUCGUCCACUCCGCUGACCAAACUGAGUUCUGGAGUGCACUUCUGGAGAAGGCCUAUGCCAAGCUGAACGGCAGCUAUGAAGCCCUGAAAGGAGGAAGCACCAUGGAGGCGAUGGAGGACUUCACGGGAGGCGUGGGCGAGAUGUUCGAGACGAAGAACCCCCCCAGCAACCUCUUCCUCAUCCUCAAGAAAGCUGUGGAGAGAGGAUCAAUGCUCGGCUGCUCCAUCGAUAUCACAAGUUCUGCUGAAUCUGAAGCCCAAACCACGACUGGUCUGGUUAAAGGCCACGCUUACUCCAUCACUGGAGUAGAGGAGGUCAACUACAGAGGAGCAAAGGUCCAGCUGAUUCGUAUUCGUAACCCCUGGGGUCAGGUGGAGUGGAACGGACCCUGGAGCGACAACUCCAGGGAAUGGAACGCCAUUGACACUUCAGAGAAGACACGUCUUCUGCACAAUUCCCUGGAUGAUGGCGAGUUCUGGAUGGAGUUCGGGGACUUCAAAGCCAACUAUGAUAAAAUCGAGAUCUGUAACCUGACUGCGGACUCUCUGUCGGACGACGUUAGUAAGAAGUGGGAAGUGAAUUUGUUUGAGGGCAACUGGAUCAGGGGCUCCACCGCUGGCGGCUGCAGGAACUACAUCGACACAUUCUGGACAAACCCGCAGUUUAAGCUUCGCCUGGACCAUCCGGAUGAGGGUGACAAGCUGUGCAGCGUCAUUGUGGCCCUGAUGCAGAAGAACCGCCGUCGGCUCAGGAAAGAGGGGCUUGAUCUGGAGACCAUUGGCUUUGCCAUUUACGAGGCUCCUGAUGAUCAAGACCACCAGGGGAAGGACUUUUUCCGCUACAACGGCACCAAAGCACGGAGCCGUUCUUAUGUCAACAUGAGGGAGGUGUCCGAACGCUUCAAAAUCCCACCAGGAAACUACCUGCUGGUGCCCACCACCUUCCAGCCGCACCACGAGGCUGAUUUCCUGAUCCGGAUCUUCUCCGAGAACAAAGCCGGAGCCAUUGAGAUGGGAAACACCAUUCAAGCAGAUCUGCCAGAGCCGCCCAAGCCAAACCCACCUGAGGAGGAGACGGAUGAGGAGAAGGGCCUGAGGAGACUGUUUGAACAGAUCGCUGGAUCGGAUAAUGCCAUCAGCGCCAGAGAACUGCAGCACGUGCUGAACAAUGUUCUGAGCAGAAGAAAAGAGGUGAAGUUUGAUGGUUUGACGCUCAAUACCUGCCACAGCAUCAUCAACCUGAUGGAUGUGGAUAACACCGGAAUGCUGGAGUUCGAAGAGUUCAAAGUCUUCUGGGAUAAACUGAAGAAAUGGAUCAUGCUGUUCCUGUCUUACGAUACGGAUCGUUCUGGACGCAUGUCAUCCUACGAGCUCCGCAGUGCUCUUAAUGCUGCAGGCAUGCAGUUGAACAAUAAGCUUUUGCAGUUGCUGGGCCUGCGGUUUGCGGAUGAAAACUUUGAGAUUGAUUUUGAUGACUACCUGACGUGCAUCGUGCGUCUGGAGAACAUGUUCCGCAUUUUCCAGGCCUUAGAUAGUCAAAAGAAAGGAGCGAUCAGUCUGAACAUGAUGCAGUUCCUGAUGUUGUCCAUGAACAUCUGAGGAUUCAACAAAUGUGAUCGAGUCAGCUGUGCCACUGUGGAUUUCCACUGUUUUGCUGAAUUACUCUUUACACAUUUGUGUUUGUUUGUGGGGUCUUUCCCAUUGCUACCGAGUACUGAUUUACUUGAAAGUUUUACUGCAAUUACAUUUUGAACAAAUUCUCCAGUGUUGUGUUCCUGAUGGCACUUUACUUAAUGGAUGUUGCAAGAAUAUUUAAUGAUUGCAAGAUGUUGUAGUAUUCACAGAGCUGCUAAACCGUUGGGUUUUCGUCUUGAAAUGUGCAUGCAGGAAUUAACAAAAUAAGGAAUAUAAAAAUGACAAUAAUGUACUUUGGCUAGUGUUAUGGAGGAGCUGUGAUAGAGCAUCCAGUAACUGAAGUGUUUAAUAAAAAUAUUUUAAGAUUAAA